GACCAGGCCUUGGCGGUUCUGGUUUGCAGUUCUGGCAGCCCCGGCCCCGCGUCCCUACUUCCCUGCUGCCACACGACUGAGCUUUGGCACCGGUGAGCCUCCCUCCCACCGCCCACCCACGAGCUCUCUGUGCCGCCGUCUUUCCAAGCCUCGUGUUGACAGCUAUCAUUUUCAAACUCCUCUUCAGGCCUUUCUUCCUCCUUUCAAGUUCAGGCUCUUCCGUGGUUAAAAUCAUCUUCUCUACAUUUUCCCUUUCCUACCUCUCAGCCUGUGCUGGGGGCGGGGACCAGGCAAAAGUAAGGAAGAAGGCUGAUUUUCCAGGCUGAACUUCAGAGGGUGAAGGCCACGUAAUCAAGCAGAGAGCCUUCUGUUCUGGGAACCACGCAAGACAGACAGGUGGACCAGCUGACUGAAGUCCUGCCUGAGGGGGGCUGAACCCUGGGCUGUAAGGUCCGUUUGAAAUGCGAGCGGCUACAUUUUGGUGGAUAUCAAAGGACUUUGGGAAGCAUCUACGUGAGGCUAACCAAAGCUGAUGGAAAAACCUAGCCUCUAUCUGGAACACUGUCAAUCUGGCAGAAAGAAAAAGACAAGACAAAUGAGGCCCUGACUUCUACAGCUUAGCACAAAAGUGAUCAACAUCUCUUUGGCCAAAGCAAGUCACAUGGCCAUUCCCAAGGUCAACAGUGUGGUGAUAUAUCCUACAGAGAGGAGCGCAGCUGGGAAAGAAACUGGAAAGUUUGGUGAACAAGAAGACAUCUCCCACUACCUCCUCCUAGGACAACUUCCCUCCCAGAGGGAAAGCUGGAAUCAAGUGACUUUCUCCUUUGUCUAUCUGAGCAACGCAGUUUCUCCAUCUCUGUAUAAAGGUUCAGUUUCAACUUUGAAUCUCCUGUAGGACUGACUGUAAACUAAUUUCCCAAGAUUUUUGUAUAAGAGAUAGAUGAAAAGGACUGUACUUUCAGGUUUUGCAAGAAUACCUCAAGUUGGACUCGGAAGUAAGAUUUACCACCAACUUUGAAGUGGAAUCAGGACUUCUUACAGAUAGACAUAGUAUUGGCAAUGCAGUUGCCUGAAUCAAGAGCCAUUUUAUUUUCCCUGAAGAAUGGAGAUAUGGAUGGGUGUAUAAACGAGAGCCUGGCUGAUGGUUCACUCCUCGCUGAGGAGGUAAAUGGUGCCCACGCAAGGCCCUGAUUUUUCUGGAGAGUCCCUGCAAGAAGGGAACCCUGCUUGUUAUUGUUGCUGUUAUACAUUGUUAAUGUGGUUGCUAUUAUCUGAAUUUCUGUAGCUAUGGCACAAGAAUAUAAUGCUGCCUUUCAGUUCAGAGUCCAGGAUGUGCACAUCUCAUUGGCUGAGGAGCAGAGAAAGCAUGGGAUUAUGGCAAUCACAGAGUCCCAGAGAUACAAGUUCCAUUCAGUUUUUUUCUGAAAGAAAGCCGUCUAUCAAAGUGAAGCAGAGGAACUCUUGUGGAUUAUAAUGUUUUGAAGGGGUCUGGAUUUUCAGAGGUUUGAAAAUAAGGCAUUGUUUAACCUUUUAAUUGGAAAAGAUUAAGAUCUCAUGCAACUGAUGUAUUUUCUGGGAGCCAUUCUCCAAAAGGGAAGUGCACAUUUAAAACUUAGGUAUGAUGGUCCUUUCUGCAGGGAUUUAAGUCUGAUUGCUUUUACAUCAUGACCAGCUUGAAACGGUCUCAGACAGAAAGGCCGGUUGCCACUGAAAGGGCGUCUGUUGUGGGCACAGAUGGCACCCCCAAAGUCCACACGGACGACUUCUACAUGCGACGCUUCAGGUCCCAAAACGGCAGCUUAGGGUCAUCAGUCAUGGCUCCUGUAGGCCCCCCUCGAAGUGAAGGUUCUCAUCAUAUAACCUCGACCCCUGGAGUCCCAAAGAUGGGGGUUCGGGCAAGGAUUGCGGAUUGGCCCCCAAGAAAGGAAAAUGUAAAAGAAUCUAGCCGUUCAAGCCAGGAAAUAGAAACCUCAAGUUGCCUUGAGAGCAUGUCCUCCAAAAGCAGUCCUGUGAGUCAGGGAAGUUCUGUAAGCCUCAAUUCCAGUGACUCAGCCAUGUUAAAAAGCAUACAGAACACACUGAAAAACAAGACGAGGCCGUCGGAGAGCAUGGACUCCAGAUUUCUCAUGCCUGAAGCCUACCCCAGCUCCCCCAGGAAAGCUCUGCGCCGGAUACGGCAGCGCAGCAACAGCGACAUCACCAUAAGUGAACUUGACGUGGAUAGCUUUGAUGAAUGUAUUUCGCCCACCUACAAGACGGGGCCGUCACUGCACAGGGAAUACGGUAGCACAUCUUCAAUCGAUAAGCAGGGAACGUCCGGAGACAGCUUCUUUGACUUGUUAAAGGGCUACAAAGACGACAAGUCUGAUCGAGGUCCCACUCCGACCAAGCUCAGUGACUUUCUCAUCGCCGGUGGGGGCAAGGGCUCUGGUUUCUCCUUGGAUGUCAUAGACGGGCCCAUCUCACAGAGAGAGAACCUCAGGCUCUUUAAGGAAAGGGAAAAACCACUCAAGCGGCGUUCCAAGUCUGAAACCGGAGACUCGUCCAUUUUUCGUAAAUUACGCAAUACCAAAGGUGAAGAACUUGGGAAAUCGUCGGAUCUCGAAGAUAAUCGAUCGGAAGACUCCGUCAGGCCCUGGACGUGCCCAAAGUGCUUUGCCCACUACGACGUCCAGAGUAUAUUAUUUGACUUGAACGAGGCGGUUAUGAACAGGCACAGUGUAAUUAAGAGGAGAAACACCACCACGGGGGCUUCGGCAGCUGCGGUGGCAUCCUUGGUCUCGGGGCCUUUGUCCCACUCGGCCAGUUUUAGCUCCCCGAUGGGCAGCACGGAGGACCUGAACUCCAAAGGAAGCCUCAGCAUGGACCAGGGAGACGAUAAAAGCAAUGAACUUGUAAUGAGCUGUCCGUAUUUUCGGAAUGAGAUCGGUGGAGAAGGGGAAAGGAAAAUCAGCCUGUCCAAAUCAAAUUCUGGUUCCUUUAGUGGAUGUGAAAGUGCCUCCUUUGAGUCUACCCUCAGCUCCCAUUGUACAAAUGCAGGAGUGGCAGUACUUGAAGUGCCCAAGGAAAACUUGGUGUUGCACCUGGAUCGAGUGAAAAGAUACAUCGUGGAACACGUGGAUCUCGGCGCAUACUAUUACAGGAAGUUUUUCUAUCAGAAGGAACACUGGAACUAUUUUGGGGCAGAUGAGAAUCUUGGUCCGGUGGCUGUGAGCAUUCGAAGGGAAAAACCUGAAGAAACGAAAGAAAAUGGAUCUCCAUACAACUACCGAAUAAUUUUUAGAACUAGUGAGCUCAUGACACUGAGAGGGUCAGUGCUGGAGGAUGCCAUACCCUCAACGGCAAAGCACUCGACGGCCCGGGGACUGCCCCUGAAGGAAGUGCUGGAGCACGUGAUUCCCGAGCUCAACGUCCAGUGCCUGCGGUUGGCCUUCAACACCCCCAAAGUCACAGAGCAACUCAUGAAACUGGACGAACAGGGGCUGAACUAUCAGCAGAAAGUAGGCAUCAUGUACUGCAAAGCUGGACAGAGCACGGAAGAAGAGAUGUACAACAAUGAAUCAGCCGGCCCAGCCUUUGAGGAAUUCCUCCAGCUAUUGGGAGAGCGCGUUCGGCUCAAAGGAUUUGAGAAGUAUCGUGCGCAGCUUGACACCAAAACUGAUUCCACUGGAACCCAUUCUCUGUACACAACAUACAAAGACUAUGAGAUCAUGUUCCAUGUUUCUACCAUGCUGCCAUACACACCUAACAACAAGCAGCAGCUCCUACGGAAGCGGCACAUUGGAAACGAUAUCGUAACAAUUGUUUUCCAAGAGCCUGGAGCACAGCCAUUCAGCCCAAAAAACAUCCGAUCCCACUUUCAGCACGUUUUCGUCAUCGUCAGGGUUCACAACCCCUGCACUGACAGUGUCUGUUACAGUGUGGCCGUCACCAGGUCCAGAGAUGUGCCUUCCUUUGGACCUCCCAUCCCCAAAGGGGUCACUUUCCCUAAGUCAAAUGUGUUCAGGGACUUCCUUUUGGCCAAAGUGAUUAAUGCAGAAAACGCUGCUCAUAAGUCAGAGAAGUUCCGGGCCAUGGCAACCCGGACACGUCAAGAAUACCUGAAAGACCUGGCAGAGAAGAACGUCACCAACACCCCUAUUGACCCGUCCGGCAAGUUUCCGUUCAUCUCUCUGGCCUCCAAGAAGAAAGAAAAGUCUAAGCCGUACCCAGGAGCUGAGCUCAGUAGCAUGGGGGCCAUCGUGUGGGCUGUCCGGGCCAAAGACUACAACAAGGCUAUGGAGAUAGACUGCCUCCUCGGGGUCUCCAAUGAGUUCAUCGUCCUCAUCGAACAGGAAACAAAGAGCGUGGUUUUCAACUGUUCCUGCAGAGAUGUGAUAGGGUGGACCUCAACCGACACCAGCCUCAAAAUCUUCUACGAGCGAGGUGAAUGUGUGUCAGUGGAGAGUUUCAUUAACAAUGAGGACAUCAAAGAGAUUGUCAAAAGGCUUCAGUUCGUGUCAAAAGGCUGUGAAUCGGUGGAGAUGACUCUGCGAAGGAAUGGGCUGGGACAGCUCGGCUUCCACGUCAACUACGAGGGCAUCGUGGCAGAUGUGGAGCCCUACGGCUAUGCCUGGCAGGCAGGGCUGAGGCAGGGCAGCCGGCUGGUGGAGAUCUGCAAGGUGGCGGUGGCCACUCUGAGCCACGAGCAGAUGAUCGAUCUCCUGAGAACAUCUGUCACGGUGAAAGUUGUCAUUAUCCCCCCACAUGAUGACUGCACCCCACGGAGGAGUUGCUCUGAGACCUACCGCAUGCCAGUGAUGGAGUACAAAAUGAACGAAGGGGUUUCCUACGAAUUCAAGUUUCCCUUUCGAAAUAAUAACAAGUGGCAGAGGAAUGCCAACAAGGGGCCUCAUUCACCUCAAGUUCCAUCCCAGGUGCAGAGUCCCAUGACCUCGAGGCUGAAUGCCGGGAAAGGAGACGGGAAGAUGCCUCCUCCAGAACGAGCCGCCAACAUUCCCCGAAGCAUCUCCAGUGACGGGCGCCCACUGGAGAGGCGGCUGUCUCCUGGUUCAGACAUCUAUGUGACGGUCUCAUCCAUGGCUUUAGCAAGAUCCCAGCCAUGUCGCAACUCCCCGAGCAAUCUGUCUUCAUCCAGCGAGACUGGCUCUGGCGGGGGCACUUACAGGCAAAAGUCCAUGCCCGAAGGGUUUGGAAUAAGCCGCAGAUCCCCAGCCUCCAUCGACAGGCAGAACACCCAGUCAGACAUUGGUGGCAGCGGGAAAUCCACACCCAGCUGGCAAAGAAGUGAGGAUAGCAUUGCUGACCAGAUGGCUUACAGUUAUAGAGGACCUCAGGAUUUCAAUUCUUUUGUCCUCGAGCAGCAUGAAUAUACAGAGCCAACGUGCCACCUCCCAGCAGUAUCAAAGGUACUGCCAGCUUUCCGAGAGAGCCCUGGUGGGAGAUUAAUGCGUCAGGAUCCGGUGGUUCAUUUGUCUCCAAACAAACAAGGGCACUCUGAGAGCCACUACUCAAGCCACUCCAGCAGCAAUACCCUCUCCAGCAACGCAUCAAGCGCCCCCAGCGACGAGAAGUGGUAUGACGGGGACCGCACCGAGUCCGAGCUGAACAGCUACAACUACUUGCAAGGCACCUCCGCAGACAGCGGCAUUGACACCACUUCCUACGGCCCUAGCCACGGCAGCACGGCCUCCCUGGGGGCGGCCACGUCGUCACCACGCUCGGGGCCGGGCAAGGAGAAAGUGGCCCCCCUGUGGCACAGUUCCAGUGAAGUCAUCUCCAUGGCAGAUCGGACUUUAGAUUCAGAGAGCCACGGCAUGGACCGGAAAACUGAGUCCUCCCUGAGCUUGGACAUCCAUGCCAAGAGCCAGGCCGGCUCAAACCCUCUGACCAGGGAGAACAGCACGUUCAGUAUCAAUGACGCUGCUUCCCAUACCAGUACCCUGAGCUCCCGACACUCUGCCAGCCCAGUUGUCUUCACCAGUGCCAGAAGUUCACCAAAAGAAGAACUGCAUCCUGCCACCUCCUCGCAGCUCGUUCCUUCCUUCUCAUCUUCCUCCUCCUCCGGUCCUAGGACUUUCUACCCUCGCCAGGGCGCUACUAGCAAGUACCUAAUUGGAUGGAAGAAACCCGAAGGAACCAUAAACUCUGUGGGAUUUAUGGACACAAGAAAGCGUCAUCAGAGUGAUGGCAAUGAAAUAGCCCACACCAGGCUGCGUGCCUCAACCAGGGACCUCCGGGCAUCCCCAAAGCCAACCUCCAAGUCCACCAUUGAGGAGGAUCUCAAGAAACUCAUCAAUCUGGAAAGCCCAACUCCUGAAUCCCAGAAGAACUUUAAGUUCCACGCGCUCUCCUCUCCUCAGUCUCCCUUUCCCACCACUCCCACCUCAAGGCGGGCCUUGCACAGAACGCUGUCCGAUGAGAGUAUUUACAGCGGCCAGAGGGAGCACUUUUUCACCUCAAGGGCUUCGCUUCUGGACCAAGCCCUGCCCAACGAUGUCCUCUUCAGUAGCACCUACCCUUCUCUCCCCAAGUCUCUUCCAUUGCGGAGGCCUUCUUACACCUUGGGAAUGAAGUCGUUGCACGGAGAGUUCUCGGCCUCGGACAGCUCCCUCAAUGACAUCCAGGAGACCCAAAGGCCGCCCAUUCCCGACCCCGGCCUCAUGCCCCUGCCCGACGCUGCUGCGGAUUUGGAUUGGUCCAACCUGGUGGACGCCGCCAAGGCAUAUGAGGUCCAGAGAGCCUCGUUCUUUGCUGCUAGUGAUGAAAACCAUCGCCCUCUGAGUGCUGCAUCCAACAAUGACCAGCUUGAAGAGCAGGCUCUGGCCCAGAUGAAGUCUUACAGCAGCAGUAAAAAUUCCUCUCCCACUCUGGCUUCUAAAGUGGACCAGCUGGAAGGUAUGCUGAAGUUGCUUCGAGAAGAUCUGAAGAAGGAAAAAGAAGACAAAGCUCACCUUCAGGCGGAGGUUCAGCACUUGCGAGAGGACAACCUGAGGCUGCAGGAGGAAUCCCAGAACGCCUCCGACAAGCUGAAGAAGUUCACAGAGUGGGUCUUCAACACCAUCGACAUGAGCUAGGCUGGGAGGGGGGGGCCGCAGGGGCGCGCGCCCCUUAGUGCCGCCAGGAAGGCAUCCUCCGAGCUCCCGCCCCAGCUCCCAACUUUGCCCCCUUUAGGGGAGCGCACAACACAACAAUUGCAGAUCAACAAUCAUUAUCUGCCUUUUGUAGAAAAGAAAAAGAAAAAGGUAAAUAAAAAUUUUAAAAAGUAAAAUAAAAGUUUAACUGCUAAAAUGUGAAUGUCUUUAUUUUUUUGCACAAUAUCUUUAUCUGUUGUUAUGUAUUUAAGAAGAAACUGGGGCUAGGACCAGGGUUCCCCCCACUGGCCCAUCUGCCUCUAUUUCCAUCAGCUCUUUCUUAUCUAUUUCAGGUAACCCAAGCUUUCCCUCAGUAUCCUGACAAAUGUCAUUAUUCCUAGGAAGAAAAUAAAGUUUUUAAAAACUGUUUAUUUGGGGAGGGGGAUUUUCUUACCUUCGUUCCUAAAAUGCCUGCGGAGGGAGGUGCUUUGAGAAAAUGCCUACCUCCCUCGAAUGGCUUGUGCAUGAGCUAGUGAUGUCUGUCCCUAUCUCACAGAGAUGAGCAGGAACGGGGUUACUUGUCAAUAACAAAUCAGUGAACCAGAGAGAGGCAGAGACGGAGGCUGUGGGCCACACCCCUUUCCCAUCCUGCAUUAUGACAUCACUACUUCUUCCUUUCCCUGGGAAAAUGGUCCCAGGUUCUGUGUGCUCCUCUGAGCUGGAGCCCUUUUUGUUUGGCUUAAGUCAGUCCCUCUAAAGUGGGAUCAGCCUUUCUGUAGCCUCCUGGCUCCAAACAGUAAUUGGUUUCAGAAUUCCUCCAAACUAAAAAUCAUAUGAUUUAUAUGCAUUUUGGUCAAAAGUAGAGUUUUUGUUUGAGAUUUUUAAAGAUAACAAUGUGGCAAAAUUGUAUUUUUAGCUUGCUCAAAAUGAUCUGAUUAAUAAAUUAGUAAAUCCUUCUCUCCAAAGCAAGACUUCACCAGUAUUUGUAACUAGGAAAAGUGAAUGUUAAAUUGUGAACUUUAAUACUUACUUGUUAGGAGCAAUGACUGUGAUCAUGGAAUGGCCUUUUGAGACCUGCAUGUCCCAGUGUACAACUUUAGCCCAGCAUUUUCUGCAUCCUUGUGUGCCAUCCAAAGGAUUCUGCUGCAGAAAUGAUUGAUGUGCUAUUUUUCCUGUCUAGUGAUGCAGCUGCUUUGGGCCCCUGGCCAUUGUUCCAAGGCUCUCAGUCCUGCACAGAACAGAGAAACUGGGUCACUAGUGCUGAGAGGCCCCAGGGGAGCUCCUGGUGGCCUUGUUUCUUGCCUUCACAAUUGUCACUAAAUUACCACCUGUGCCCCUUCAGUGGUAACUCUGGUCUAAGGGAACGUUCAGCUAUCCAGUGGCACCUGCUCAGAAGUUCCCUGCCCCAAGUAAUCUCAGCCCAUUCCUCUCUCCAUCCCUGAAAGAAACGGGAUGGAUUUUCCUCUCUUCUCCCCCGCACCCCCAUCACUAGACUUUUAUGCUACAGUUUCGUUCACGAUUGUGAUUUCUCCAUGGGAUUUUUUUUUUUUUUUUCUGGUGACAUUUCUGUCAUGGAAAUAGGAAGAUUUCGGAGUGCUCUGUAAAGAUCUCAAUUGUCUGUCUCUUUCUCUCUUUGACUUGUAUGAAGGAGAUUGUACAUUGCCUGAUAUCUCUUUGUAAAUGAGAAAUACUGCUAACAUCCAAGCAUUCUGAAGUCUUGCUUAUCCUUCUGAGUUUAGUUUUUAUUUUGUUUUACAUUUUGUUUGGGGAUUUGGGGCAAGCUAUUUAUUAGAGUUUUGCAACAGAGUUCUUGUUUGAAGCCUUUAAAGACUACUUGUAAAAUUCAAAUAAAAUUCAUUUUAAACACUC